CUUAUAUAUAUGCGUUACUCUCCCUUUUUUAAGUGUUUUUUUUCUUUUGUUCCUUUCCAAUUAUUUUUAGCAAUAAUCAUAAUGAUAAUUUUAAUAUUUUAACACAAUAAUAGCGAAUAAAUAAUAUAUACAUGGAAGCGCGUGGGUCCAAACCGUCAAAUUAUGAUGACGUGGCAAAAUCUCGUGGGAAAUUGAAUGAAAACUGUAAAAGAUAACGACCGGUGACAGAGAGAGAGAGAGAGGAGAAGAAGAAUAGAAGAAGCGGCUCAUAUCCAUAAUAAAAGCCAUUUGCUCCUUUAUUUAUUCUCUCAUUCUUUCUUCUUCAUUAUUCAUUUCUCUCGUUAUUCGUUUCGUAUUUUGUUUGUGUUUAUGAUUUUACCUCCUUAGUUGCUGUGAGAUCAAGAAGUGGUGAAAGAAAAGUUACUAAAUCUGGAUGUUAUUUGAUUGUCGUCGUUGGUCUUGAGCUAUGAGGAGCGUUAAUAAUAGUAGUGUCGACACCGUGAACGCCGCCGCUUCCGCCAUCGUCUCCGCUGAGUCUAGAACACAACCGUCGUCGGUUCAGAAAAAAAGGGGAAGCUGGUGGAGCUUGUACUGGUGUUUUGGAUCCAAGAAGAACAAUAAAAGGAUAGGCCACGCGGUGCUUGUACCCGAACCAGCUGCAUCAGGAGCUGCGGUGGCUCCAGUCCAAAACUCUUCGAGCAAUUCUACUUCAAUAUUCAUGCCCUUUAUAGCUCCUCCUUCAUCUCCUGCUUCCUUUCUGCCAUCAGGUCCUCCCUCUGCGUCACAUACUCCUGAUCCUGGUCUACUUUGUUCCCUAACCGUCAAUGAACCGCCUUCAGCCUUUACUAUUGGACCAUACGCUCAUGAGACUCAACCUGUUACUCCUCCAGUGUUCUCUGCUUUCACAACGGAACCCUCCACCGCGCCAUUCACGCCACCUCCUGAAUCACCUUCUUCCCCUGAAGUGCCUUUUGCUCAGUUACUUACAUCUUCAUUGGAAAGGGCUAGGAGGAACAGUGGUGGUGGAAUGAAUCAGAAGUUUUCAGCUGCACACUACGAGUUUAAGUCUUGUCAAGUGUAUCCUGGAAGUCCAGGUGGUAAUCUAAUCUCUCCUGGUUCAGGUACAUCUUCUCCUUACCCAGGGAAAUGCUCCAUCAUCGAGUUUCGUAUCGGCGAACCUCCAAAGUUUCUUGGUUUUGAGCACUUCACAGCGCGUAAAUGGGGAUCAAGAUUCGGUUCUGGAUCCAUCACACCUGCUGGACAAGGUUCAAGGUUGGGUUCAGGUGCUUUGACUCCUGAUGGCUCAAAGCUAACUUCUGGUGUAGUGACACCAAAUGGUGCAGAGACUGUUAUAAGAAUGAGUUAUGGGAAUCUCACACCACUUGAAGGCAGUCUUUUGGAUAGUCAGAUCUCUGAGGUUGCGUCUUUAGCCAAUUCGGACCACGGGUCGUCAAGGCAUAAUGAUGAAGCUCUCGUGGUUCCUCACAGAGUUUCUUUCGAGUUGACUGGUGAAGACGUUGCACGGUGUCUUGCAAGCAAGCUAAACCGUUCCGGUUCACAUGAAAAAGCAAGCGGCGAACAUUUAAGACCAAACUGUUGUAAAACGUCGGGAGAAACAGAGAGCGAACAGAGUCAGAAGCUAAGAUCGUUUUCUACAGGCUCUAACAAAGAAUUCAAGUUUGAUAGCACCAAUGAAGAGAUGAUAGAGAAAAUUCGAUCGGAGUGGUGGGCGAAUGAGAAGGUCGCCGGAAAAGGUGAUCACAGUCCAAGAAACAGUUGGACUUUCUUUCCAGUCUUACGCUCUGGACAUACUUAGCACAAAGAAAUAGCUUUUACCUUCUUCAUUACCUCUAACAUGGGAAGCAAAGUCAGUGAUAUGGUAAGAGAUUGGGGUCUAACAACUAUACAUAUAUAUAGCUUGGUAUUGUAGGUGUCUUUGUUCUUUGUACUGUUAAUUAUAUAAAAUAGUUUUAACACUUAAAUGGUAGACUUAUCAUUGACAAAAGAAAAGAAACUGUAUUCUUUCUUGGUUAUGUAUAAACAUAAAAAUCAUCUCUUUACUAUAUUGUCUUACAUU